UUGGACUUGAGACACUGAAUCAGAGAUGUUGAAGGAUAAUAGGAUAACAAAGGAGCGUGGGUGUGACUUUGUGUUGGUUUUGUGUUUAGUUUAAGCAAUGAAGUGGCCUAAAAGAAGCUGGAAUAGAUAAAGGCACACAGUUCCUCAAUAAGAAACACAAAAGUACGUGUUGAAAUACGUUGCCGUACGGUUGUUUGUAAGUUUGUGUUAUAGCGUCAGUAGAGUAACGUGGUGAUCUUUUAACCGUGGUACAGAAAUUUGCAUCUCGGCAGUAUGAGGUACCUCUUCAGAAGAAGAUACGUCAAAAGGUAUUGCAUUUAAUGUAACCAGUCAGCAAAUUAACAACACAAUCUAAGUUUAUUUCAUACUUAGUAAGGAUAUCAUAUAUUACAUUGAAGACCAUGGUGGGGAUUACAGUUACCAUAUCCCUGUUCCUACUUCCUGUAGGUCUUUGGUUACAGGGAAUAAUUGUCUUGACGACGCUGAAGAUAUUUCUAGCAGUAUUGCUUUUUAUAUACAUUGUUGUACCAUUCGUCUUCAGAUACACGUAUGCUUUACAGAGGACAAUGAUAUUCCUUAAUUUUGUGAGGUGGCCAAGGAAUCCUGACUUCAAUGUGCCAAAGAAGUAUGGUCUUGAUGGAACCAGAAAUUUUUAUGUUAAGACAACAGAGGAUGUUCAGCUUGGAGUAUGGCAUACGUUACCCAAAUCUCUCAUCAAUGAAUCAAAAACUGCUGAUGACGAGUUUUUUGAGAAGUCACUGACACGUGGUGAGCCAAUCAUACUGUACAUGCAUGGAAAUUCUGGGUCUAGAGCAAGUCCACAUCGUGUUGAGCUGUACAAAAUGCUGAGGAACCUUAAUUAUCAUGUUAUUAGUUUUGACUACAGAAGUUAUGCUGAUUCGAGUCCUGUGUCACCAUCGGAGACAGGUGUUGUGUCCGAUGGAAAAUUUAUGUACAGAUGGGUGGAGGAGCAUGCCAAAGGAUCUCCAUUGUUUGUGUGGGGUCAUUCUUUAGGAACAGGAGUGUCAUCACAUGUGUUAGAUCUGUUGGCACAAGAAGGAAAGAGUCCAUCUGGACUUAUCCUGGAAUCUCCUUUCAAUAAUUUGAGAGAUGAAAUAAAGGAACAUCCAUUUGCAAGGCUUUUCAACCAGUUACCAUGGUUUGAUUUCUUUUUCAUUGAUCCAAUAGAGCAAAACGAUCUGUUGUUUGCUUCGGAUAAGCACUUGGUGAAUGUUCAUUGCCCUAUUCUCAUUCUGCAUGCCCAGGAUGAUGUCGUUGUUCCCUUCAUUCUGGGCCAAAGGCUCUACAAAAGUCUUGAACAAACACGGCCCAAAGAUGCUGCUUCUGUUGAAUUUGUGAUAUUUGAAGAUAAGUACCGAUAUGGACACAAGUAUAUUUGUAGAGCUCCUGAAUUGCCUGACAUUAUUCAAAAAUUUCUUGGCAGUAUCUUGAAAAGUUAAAGUAAUCUUUCAAACACAGAGGUGCCUUGUAAGUACUGCAUUCUUGUAUUCUCCGGAGUUUACAUGUGAGGGGCAGUAUUUUAGUGUCAUUUGUUGUUACUACCUACCUUUUUGUGCUGUCAGUUUUUUUGUAAAUAAAAUCAACAAGUUUCUAUAAAAUUCUUUCACUUGAGUAUAUUUUAUCAGAACUUUACAAAAGGUUGAGAUAUUUUAAAUUCAGUGGUUAGUAGUGGAAGUUAUUAACUACUACUAAUAUUUCAGGCCUAUUAAUUGAACAAGUAUAAAGUUAUCAGAAACAUUGAAGAAUGUAGUCUGUGUAAGGCUCUGCUUACAUGAUCUAUUUAGUUUGUGGUAAGAGUAUUAAUGCUCUUGUAAGACUGUAUUACGGAGAGAAAAUGAAAUAGAUGUUGCUCAUUUGCUGAUUUUGGACCAGUGGUUAGUUGCGAUAAUUAACUACCAUUUAAACAUUGGUGUGUGUGUCAAAUGAAUGUGGUGUUAAAUUAUGUGGGUGAUUAUUCAAAUAUUUAUCUAGUGAUUAGAUAAUUUAUUGGCCUUAGUUGUAAAGGAGGACAGCUUAAAACAUUUAUGUAUAUCUGCCAAGUAAUUGAGUAGGUAUCAUGAUGAAAGUAUGCAGACUGUGGUGAAUGGUAAAAUGUCAA